AUGUUCUCCCCUCUUCGGCGUCUUACUUUUGGGCUUCAGAAUCUCCAAACUCUUCAAAAAUUCCAACAAACAAGCCGUUUGAUCCACCUGACGGCUUAUCAGCAGAAGGGGCACUCAAAAUGGCAGAAUAUCAAGGCGACGAAAGGAAAAAACGAUAUGAUCAAGUCGAAAGCGACGAAUUUCUUGUUGAGAAAGGUAAAAGGAGCUGCAUCUCGUGGUGGAUUCGAUUUGAAGCUGAAUCGAGAGUUAGCCGACUUAGAAACUGAAUUCCGUGCCCAAGGCCUCCCACUGGACACAUUUAAGAAUUUCCUGCAAAAAAUGAAGGAUAAGCCUGAAAUCGAGUACACUUUUGAUAUCAUUGGUCCGGCGGGAACAUUUUUCAUUGUUAUCGCUGAAACUUCGAAUAAGAAAGCGCUGGAAAACGAUUUGAGAAAGUAUUUCAACAAGAUUGGAGGCUUCCGGCUAGCCGCUGAUGGAGGUGUUCGGAGCUGGUUUGAGGAGAAAGGGGUGGUUCAUGUGGAUGUGAAGAAGGAUGGAAAGGAGAUGACGACGGAGCAGAUGGAAGAAGUCGGUCUAGAAUUCGAUGUGGAAGAGGUUCUACUCAUCGAGGAGGACUCAACGAAGAAAUUCGAAUUGAUUUGCGACUCGAAAUCGUUGUCAAAUGUGGAAAGUCAAUUGGGCAAAGCGGGAUUUUCGAUUUUGCAGUCUGAAAUUGAGUUCCGCGCCGUGCAUCCUAUCGAUUGUCCAGAAGCAGAAGCGCCGAAGAUUCAGAAGCUGUAUGAGAUGUUGCAGGAAGACGAACAAGUCCGCCAGAUUUUCGACAACAUCACACCAGACGAGUAG